GCUUUUUCUCUCCGUGUGAAGCUCCAGCUGAAGGUGGAGCUGUGAGUCAUCAGGAAACAACUCACCUGAGUUCUUCUCUGUCAACUCUGGACUGUUAAAAGAAACUAAAACCUAAGGUGCUCCAUCCUCACGCUCCAGUGAAGCUGUUACCAUGGCAGAGAAUACCAACACCACAUCCAAAUAUCACAACAUCCCCUGCAUAUUUGAGAUCCCAGGACCUCCCACUCGCAAACAGCUGAAACCAAAGAAAGAGAAAAUUGGAACUCUGACAAAAAUGACGCUUGGAGAAAAAAAUCCAAACAAGAUAAACAAAACCAUCUUACUGGUGGGUGAAACAGGAGCAGGAAAAUCUACUCUGAUCAACGCUCUGGUCAACUAUGCCAUGGGAGUGGAUUGGGAGGACGAUGUCUGGUUUCAGAUCGUCGAAGAUGAGAACAGAAGUCAAUCAAAAAGUCAGACAUCAGAUGUGAUCGUAUACCAGAUCUUUGGUUUUGAAGAUAAGCCUCUGCCCUACUCUCUGACCAUCAUUGAUACUCCUGGAUAUGGAAGCACUGCUGGAAAUGAACAAGAUGUCAUCAUCAGUCAAAGGUUGUUUGAUUUGUUUCACUCAGACGAUGGAGUUCAUGAGAUUAAUGCAGUGGGUCUGGUGCUGAAAGCAACUGACAAUCGACUGAGUGAAAGAAUGAGGUACAUCUUUGAUUCAGUGAUGUCUCUGUUUGGAAAUGACAUGGAAACAAAAAUGGUUGCCCUCAUCACACACUCAGAUGGUCUGACACCUGAUAAUGUUCUACAAGCCCUUGUGGAUGCAAAGAUUAAAUGUGCCAAAGAUGAAGAGAAUGAGACUGUUCAUUUUAUGUUCAACAACUGCCAGAGCAAACAGAAAACAAAGAAAAAUCAGUUUGCUCUAAAAAAUGCAUGGGACUUAACAAUGAAUGGAAUGGCUCAAUUCACAGAUUCCCUGAAUGCAGCUGCGCCUCAGAAGCUGUUGACAACUGUUCAAGUGAUGAAGGCUCGCAUCAGGCUCGCAGCCUGCUUCCAAAACCUGCAAGAGAGAAUUGCAUUGACUGAAGAAAAACAGAGAGCGAUCCAACAGACGAAGGAGCUUCUGAAGCUACAUGAACAACAGAUGAAGUACAAUGACCAGUUCACUGUAGAAGUUGAGGAGGUCUUCAAAGAUAAAGAACCUAUCUGUGGUGGGAUGUGGUGGUUGGUGUUUUUUGAAGGAGCCGUCUGCUGUAAAGUCUGUGAGGAGAACUGCCACUAUCCUGGAUGCACAAUGGCCCUGAAACCAGGACACUGUGAAGUUAUGAAAGAUGGCUGCUGUACUUCAUGUACCGGGAAGUGUCCUGCGUCAGAUCACGUGAAAGAAAACUGGAAGUAUGUGACCAAGACAAGGAAAGUUCUGAAGACACUGAAAGAUGUGAAGAAGUAUGAAAAGGGUCGAGCAGACUGUGAGAAGACAACAAGCCUUUUGGAAACUCUGGAGAAGCACAUGGAAGAACUUCAGAAAGAAAAAGAUGAGUUGACUGAAGAGGCUUUCCAGCAUGUUGUUCAAUUGCAGCAGAUCGCUCUGAAUGUUAAUUCACUCUCCACUCAUGUCCACUUGGACGUCCUGAUUAAGAAGAUGGAGGAGAAAGGAGACACAGAGAAGACAAAGAAACUGGAAGAGAUGCAAAUUCAAAUUGGUAUGGAUGAAGAAAUCAAAGCAGCGCUUUUCAACAUGUUUGGUAAACUUACAGGAGCUGUCAAAGCACUGAGGAUGAAUCACUGA